AAUGUGGUUUUGUGAGUUUUGGGAACAAAACAGGUGGAGCAGGUCUGUACAUAAGAGGAAGUGUUGGAGUCAACAUCUCAUUUCACAACGAGGACGAAAACGAGGGUAAAAGAUGACGACACCUAAAGAAAUCCUUCUGGGGACUUUGGAGGAUUUGGGACGUGAUGACUUUGAAAAAUUUAAGUGGCAUCUGAAGAACAAUGGGUGUGUAGAAGGUUUACCAGCAAUCCCAGAGAGUAAACUGGAGAAUGCAGAGAGGACGGACAUAGUGGAUCUGAUGUUUGAUGCCUACUCUAUCAACACUUUUGAAGUCACUAAAAAUCUUUUGGGGAGCAUAAACAGGAAUGAUCUGUUGGAGAAUUUAAAUAAUACCAUCCCAGAACCCAAAGAGAUUCUCCCUGAGUGUCAGCUCAAACUCAAGUCAAACCUGAAGCAGAAGUUCCAGUGUGUGCUUGAGGGGAUUUCUACAACAGGAAACCCGACCCUUCUGAAUGAGAUCUACACAGAGCUCUACAUCACAGAGGGAGGGACUGCAGAGGUCAAUGAUGAACAUGAGGUCAGACAGAUUGAAACAGCAUCCAGGAAACCAGACAGACCAGAAACAACCAUCAGACAAGGAGACAUCUUUAAACUCCCACCUGGAAGAGAUAAACCAGUAAGAACAGUUCUGACAAUGGGAGUGGCUGGCAUUGGGAAAACAGUCCUAACACAGAAGUUCACCCUGGACUGGGCUGAAGGCAAAGCCAACCAGGACAUCCAGUUCAUAUUUCCAUUCACUUUCAGGGAGCUGAAUCUGCUGAGAGAGGAAAAGAAGAGAUUCAGAGAUGAGGAGCAGGCCAGCAGGAUCAUCUCCCACAUCAAGACAUCACGAAGCCUCCACAUCAUGUGCCACAUCCCAGUCUUCUGCUGGAUCACUGCUACAGUUCUGGAGGAUGAGCUGAAAACCAGUGACAGUGAAGAUCUGCCUAAGACUCUCACAGAGCUCUACCUACGCCUUGUGCUAUUUCACCUAAAAACAAAGGACAUCAAGUAUGAUGGAGGAGCUGAGACAGAUUCAUGCAGGAAGAUGAUUGAGUCUCUGGGAAAACUGGCUUUUGAUCAGCUGCAGAAAGGAAACCUGAUCUUCUAUAAAUCAGACCUGACAGAGUGUGGCAUCGAUAUCACAGCAGCCUCAGUGUACUCAGGAGUGUUCACACAGAUCUUUAAAGCUGAUAAGCGUAACAUGUUCAACAACGUUGUUUACUGUUUCGUCCAUCUGAGCAUUCAGGAGUUCUUUGCUGCUCUUCAUGUCUAUCUGACCUUCAUCAACUCUGGAGUCAACCUGCUUAAGAAACAAUCUCCUCUCUCUAAAAUUUUCCAGAAAACACUUACUGUAAAAGACUUCUACCAGAGUGCUGUGGAAAAGGCCUUAGAGAGUCCAAAUGGACACCUGGACUUGUUCCUCCGCUUCCUCCUGGGACUUUCACUGCAGACCAAUCAGAAUCUCCUACGCAUGCUGACACAGACAGUAAGUAGCUCACAGACCAAUCAGGAAACAGUCCAGUACAUCAAGAAGAAGCUCAGUGGGAAACUGUCUGCAGAGAAAAGCAUCAAUCUGUUCCACUGUCUGAAUGAACUGGAUGAUCGUUCUCUAGUGGAGGAGAUCCAGCAGUCCCUGAGUUCAGGAAGUCUCUCUACAGAUGAACUGUCUCCUGCUCAGUGGUCGGCUCUGGUCUUCAUCUUACUGUCAUCAGAUCUGGAUGAGUUCGACCUGCAGAAAUACUCCUGUUCAGAGAAGGCAUUUUUGAAGCUGCUGCCAGUGGUCAAAGCAUCCAAGAAAGUGCUGCUGACAGAUUGUAAACUCUCAAGAAGAAGCUUUGAAACUUUGUCUGAAAUUCUCAGCUCCUCAUCCAAUCAUCUGAGAGAGCUGGACCUGAGCUUGAACAAGCUGCAGGAUUCAGAAUUGGAUUUGCUGUGUGUUGGACUAAAGAGUCCUGACUGUAAACUUGAAACUCUUGGGUAAGGAUACAGACUUUUUGACACUUUUUGACUCUUAAAUCUGUAAGUUUAUCUUGAUGACGACAUUCAAAGUCAGCACAAUUUUCCUUUUAAGUUCCCGAGUUUAUAUUUUUGACUGUC